UUCGACGGUUCUUAAUAGUAUUUUCUCAAUUCAAUGUAAGGUAUUGUAAUUUUCAAUCAGGGCAUAUAAACACUGCAAUUCUCCAUAUUUUUUCUUGCUUUUUUGUCACCCGAAGAUGGCGCUGACGACAGUGAAAUCAAUCGAAACGGCACUAGGCCUUGUCGACUCGAAGAAAGAGAACCUGAAGAAAGCAUUCGAAGAUUUACAAUCGCAUUCUUCGGCUUUGUCCUCCUUUAAUUUCACAUGGUCAGACCUUGACUCGUAUUUUACAUCCAUUCAGUCAGACUUGCUCGAAAAGUUUUCGACCAUCCAGACGCUCGAAUUGUCGCAGUCGCAAACCCAGAAACUUAAACGCAAGAAACUGAAAGAUUCGCUCUCGGCGGACCCGAUUCCGGCCCGAGCGGAAUUGAAGUUACUUUGUGAGAAGAUGGACGGAAUGGGAUUGAGGAAGUAUAUAAUUGAGCGGCCCAGGGAACGGACCGCUAUCCGGGUCGAGCUGCCAGACGCGUGGAAGAGUGCCGCGGACCCGGGUUCGAUGAUUUUGGAUGCCCUGGAGGGGUUUUGUGAUGGAGGAUCGGUUUCCACGUCGGACGUAGGUGGGUUAAGGAGGGUGUGUGUGGUAUUGUUGGAGGAAUUGAUGAGGGCUAACGUGGAGAUUGGGGCGGAGGUUAAGGAGCGGGCGAGGGCCAUGGCAGCCGACUGGAAGGUGAAAAUAGAGGCCAAUAGCGGUGACGGGGAAGAACGGGAUGAGGAGGAAACUGGUUUGGUGAAGCUGGGCUAUUUGCAGCUCUUGGCUACUUAUGGCUUGGUAAGUGCUGGUGGAUAUGACGUAAAUGAGCUAAUCGAUUAUGCUGUUGUGAUUGCAAGAUAUCGACAAGUUGUUGACUUGUGUCAAGCUCUUGGCCUUGGCAAUAGGAUUUCUGAUGUUAUUCAGAAACUCAUCAGCAAGGGCAAACAACUUCUGGCUCUCAAAUUCAUUUUUGAAUUUGAGCUGACUGAUGAGUUUCCUCCAGUGCCAUUAUUAAAAGCCUAUGUGAUAGAUUCAAAGGAAAAUGUUCAGAAAAUUCGCAAGAGUGGAAAGAGCUCUCGUCAGUCUUUGAACGAGGCUGUGAUGAAAGAAAUCAGUGCAUUGAAGUCGGUGAUUAAAUGCAUUGAUGAUCAUGGUCUAGAGUCACAGUAUCCAAAACAUAUCCUUGUAACUCGUAUUGAGAAGCUGGAGAAGGAGAAGGCUGACAAGAAACGCCCUGCAACAGCCACCGUGCCCAAACCUCCUCAGCAGGCAAAGCAACAAAAGCAGAGGGGAAACAAGCGAGUGAAGGAAUUUACUGGUCCAUUGGCAGUCAAAAAUAAAAAUCGUUCUAAACCAGUUGUUUUUCCAUCACAACCAUCUCACGUGCAGACAGUAGGCUUGUUGCCGGAUAAUGCUGCUCUGUACAGCAGUUCUCCUGCCUACGGCAGGGCAGGUCCCCACGUGGCUGCUGACAUGUAUGCUGGCUCAUCUGCUGGCUUGCAUGGGUUUCCGGGAGCCCCCAUGGGGUUUUCUGGGAACGUCAAUCAAACUGUAACCAAUGCUUAUCCAUCAGAACGACAAGGGCAACCUAGUUACUAUGACGCUGCAAUUGGUUAUGGUGGAUAUGUCAUACCACCUCAAUACCAUCCAGGUUACUAUCCACAGUAGUAUGUGGUUCUGCAAAUUUUGGAUGGUUUCCUUGCAUGUCUGAUUGUAGACAGCCAUUAUCAGAAGGCAUGACAUGCUUUUUGAUUACUGCAAUUUUGGCACAGUAUGCUAUAUCUCUGUCUUUCCUAUGUUUAUUAAUAUGUGGGAUUCCUGUGACGUGUUUCAACCAGCCUCAUGGUUUAGAUCAAUCAAUUGGGAUUCAUCAUGACAUGUCUCAUGAUAAUCAGUCACUCUAGAGCUUUUUCAGAACAGCUAGGAACUUUUUCAAAUUGGGAAGUUUUUCUUUUCG